UAGUCAAGACGAGUCGAGAUAAAGGCGUGGAUUCAUUUCACGAGAUCAUGUCCUGAUAGAAGCGGUUUCACUUCCGCUAUUUGGCGUAAUUGAUAAAAGCUUUUUUGAACGACGCUGCUGAUUUGUUUUUCGGAUUUAAAAUCUGAGUCGAACUUUACCCCCAGGUUUGUGACACAGUCACUGAGAUACGGGGUCAGAGUGCCGAGGUCAACCACUGACUUGCUGUUGUUCCCAAACGCUUCACUUUUCUUAUGAUAAAGUUGACUUUGGAAUAUUUAGGAGUGAGGACAUUUUACGACUGGAUUUGUCGCACAGGUGGCAUCCUAUGACAGUUCCACGCUGGAAAUCACUGAGAGCGGCCCAUUCUUUCAUAAAUGUUUGUAGAAACAGUCUCCAUGCCUAAGUGCUUGAUUUUUUACACCGGGUCAAGUGAUUAGGGCACCUGAUUCUCAUCAUUUGGAUGAGUGGCCAAAUACUUUUGGGAAUAUAGUGUAUCUUCAAGAGGUCUCAUUAACGUGAACUUCAGGGCGGAUGUUAAUGUUUCACCAGGGAUUCUCAGACCACUUUUGACCCUGACUCAUUUUAAUCUAUGCGUGGAAAGCGCUGGGACAUAAUCAAAGCAGGUGACUCUUGUGGCCGUCAAAAUCUCAAACUCGUCUUAAAUUCUGUAAUUAAAUCCAAAUUUUACUCAGAUCAUUUUUUUUCUCCAGCUGCUCCAGUGUGAUGGAGACGCAGCAACCCGCAGGGGGAUGUCCCGUGUUAGGGCAGGCCGGCGUCGAAACAUGGCUGUCCUCCAACACAAGAGUGCGUGGAAAUAGCUGUAAGGAAACAAGGCAAACACAAGCAGAGAAUGGCUGAAAAGCUCAAUGACCGGUUUAAAGAUUGUGGACAAACAAAAUGUGGGAAGCUGCAGAGUAUUUAUGCAACUGAAUUGGAUGAAAAAAAAGUUCAUAUUUGUGGCUCUCCAACAUGACCAUAAGAGGAGCAGAAUCAAUUCACUAAUCAAAGACAAAAGGGACUUGAGAUCUUUGGCAUACAUCUACCAACAAGAGGACAUCUACUGCUGCUUCUACGUCAAGAAGGCCAUACCUGGGCGAUGACAAUCAAGGUUAUCUACUGAAACCAGUGACAGGAAGUAGAAAGCUCUGCCACUUCCUGGUAUGCAGUCAUCUACUGACAGCUUACAUUCGAAUGGAUUGCACAUCACUGCUGAACAUGGAGCGUUUAGUCGCCAACCUGCUGUGACACUGCUGGCAUCACCCUUGGAACGAUGGAGGAGCGUGUCGAUGUCAAGGCUCUGAGGGCCAGGUUCAGCAACAAGGCCAGGACUUCGCCCACCUCCAGCUCGCCAAGACCCCCGCAGUCCAGACCAGAGAAGACUCUGCUCCUUCCAAGUGGUCCUCCUCCUACUACGGCUCUUCCACACGUGGCAGGGCUGGACGCGGUGAGGUUCCAAACAGAAGAAACAAUGGCGGGCUCCAAGCCUGCUUUUUCCCCGCUGUCGCCUCCCAUUCCAGGAAUCAGAACGUCAGUCCAGUCCUCGAGCCACGGUAAGGUGAAGCAGACGGGGCAGCUGUUAGAGAAACUGAUGCUGAGAAGUGCCGCAGGGGCCAAAAUCCCCUUUCCUGCUCCUACCUCCACGCCUCUACCACUACGACAGAGGAGCACAGACAACACCAUUCCACUGAGGAGGCCUCUUCCCCCGGAAGGACCACGGCCAGUGAAACCCAAACGGCCUCCUAACGUUAACCUGGAGCGCUUCCAGAACGUCACACGGCGAGCUCAACCACUUCCUGCCUUGGCGACGAGAGAAGGUUCCCCAGACUCAGGAGCAAGACAAAUAUCCUUACCUGCGAUUCCCAGUCCAUCAUAUCCUUCUCCACAGUCCAUAAAACCAAGAAAGUUGCAGAACCAGGUCACCGCUCUGGACAUCCAUAGCAACGAGGACACUUAUGAUGACAUUGCAAGCUUGGAGGAGAAAGAGUCCUGGAGCAACAGCAGUUCACAGACAAUGGAAGGGGAUGAGAGCGACGUGUAUGAGCAUAUUGAUGAGGACCAAGUGGGGGUGAACUGGGAUGCUGACAAGAACAAUGAAAGACAAGAAAAGGGGCAUCAAAACCCGAAGAAGAAAAUGCAAAUAAAGAAUGAGUUAAGAACCAAAUUUCAGUUGCAAGACGAGGAGAUCCUGCACACUGCCAUAGCUCGUCAUGACUGGUACGAGGGUGGAAAACGUGACCUCAAGGUGCACCAAGGCGAGAGAGUGGAGAUCCUCCGAGUGAAGGACAACCCAGAGGGGAAGUGGUUGGCUCGCUCUCUGGAUGGAAAGUACGGGUACAUCAGCAACACAUGUGUGGAUAUCGACUUUGAGGCAGUGAAAUCUAUGUCGAUCCAAUCGCCGAUUUUGCCUCCGCUUCCUCCAGAUCCACCUCAGAAGUUACAUAUGGAGCCCAGUAAUAGUUUGAGUCACAGUCAAAACCAGUAUGAUCGCUUACAUCUAUCAACGGAGGAUUUCCCGCCACCGCUGCCUGAGAUUAGCAUACAUCCCAAAGUGGAAAAGGAGCUCAGGAAAAAAUUCAAGUACGAGGGUCCACUCCGGGUAAUGCACACUAUGAUGGUGGACCCUAACGGUGUCAUGAAGAAGCCAAGGGGGAAAGACCUCCAUGUGACGCACGGCGAGGUUCUGGAUGUCAUUCAGUUUACCAACAGCAAGAAAGCUCUGUGCCACAACCGCGCAUCAGGAAAAUCUGGUUAUGUGUCAAGAAACCUUCUUCUUCCAUUGGAUGGGGAUAUUUAUGAUGACAUCGAUAAUUUAAGAGAUCGCCAUGCCAACGACUCCCCGCACACCGAUUACUAAACCACGUCAACAUACAAGCUUACUAAGAAAUCAAGUAAAACCUGAGAAACAAAACCUCUUUUUCUAACUGUCAAAAAUGUAAUAUUGUGUUAACUCAAACAAUAAAAUAAUCUGCACACUUACUGUACUUAUUCAAACUGUAUAAAAUGGACACACUAUUCUUGAAGUGUUUUUACCUGACCUCAUAGGUACUUUUGAUAAAUACUCCUAUUUAAGUUAACUUUUGUGUGAUAUUUAUAAUCUGUUAAAUGAAUACUGCUUGUUUACCUCAAUUAGGUUUUGUUUUUUUUCUCCCCAAAUAUCUUGAAUAACAACAAUCUACAAAACAAGCUAUUAGUCAUGCUUGUAAUUGAAGCGAUAUACUUUAUGAACGUUAGAGGGCAGUAAGUUACGUCCGCUGUGCAAAAGCGAAUUCACGAGACAUCAACUGAAGAAGAAGAAGAAUAUCGAAGGGUUGUUUCCUGGUCAAAGUCCAGCUGGAGAAAAUAAAAAUAAACGUCAUAAUGCCUUGAAAGUACUAAAAUGACUAUUAUAUGUUUCUUUUAUUUUUGGUAAUGUGUACAUUUACACUUCAGACAUGCAGGACUCAGUAGACUGCCUUGUCCGAGAGUUGGAGUCUUACAGAGGAACAGAUCGAAUCCUCCAUUGGAAGCGCCCCCUCACCGUGGCCGGACUUGUCGCUCAUGCUGCGGGGAGCUCCCAUGAGAAAUGACGCUCUCAAUACUGGUCGUUUACAC